AUGUUCUACGAACACAUUGUCUACCUGAACAGCCACUCGGAUUGUCGGGUCAGACUGCGAACGCAUAAGACUGCCACAUAUACACUCACCCACGUCAUCUCAGCAGCCAAGCGACGUAGGAUCGAUUACCUCUAUCUAGUGCUUGGUGGAUGCAAUGACAUUCCUUCCGUCGAGCCGAAAAUGACCUAUCGCCGGCGACGGUCGGCCCGGAGGAUCAACUAA